AUCUCAGUUUGCUCAGGAAGAAGAAGACGAAAGAGGACUUCAUCUUGUGUUACUUUAAAUUCCUGACAACUCUAUCUAAAAAAGUUUGUAACAGUUUUAAACGUACUUGUAAUAUUGGCCAGAAAUGAAGCUAUCUAAAGGCACUUUUUUGAGCGGCCUGGUCUCGCUCCUGCCGCUCCUGGUGGCGGGCCACUCCUGGAUCGCCUGCACGGACUACACGGAGAUGAACGGCGAGUACUGGGACGCCGACAAGUGCCGGGCCUUCCCUCGGUCUGGCCAGCAGUUCGUGCCGAAGACGGAGUUUGGCAUCGACAAGGGGUACAACUUCCACGGGGCGGAGGAGCAGGCCUGCCGCACGGUGAGGAAUGACGCCGGGGCGUACACGGCGGGUUAUCCCAUGGCGGUGUACUAUCCCGGGCAGAGAGUCGUCUUCACGCACCCCACCAAGAACCACGUAGCCGAUCCCGACUGCACCAACAACCACAUCCCCGACAACGGCAACAAGAUCAUGAUCGGCGCGAAGGAUGCCGACGCCGACCCGAAGUUUUCCGAGUUCCAGCUGCUGGAGGACCUCGGCGUUUCUCCGACGGGGAAAGCCGAGUCGGUCAUGACGUCUUACCCCAAGCCGGGUUUCCAGAACGCGCCCAAGUUUUGCGAGAACACGGACAAAGCUCUGGCCACUGGCAACUUCACACUUCCGGCAGACAUGCAACCAGGCCGCUACACGUUCCUGUGGGCCUGGAGCUUCAACGGCCCCCAGGACACGUACACCAGCUGCUGGGAGGCGGACGUGGUGGCCUCGCAGUCCGAGCGGGAUUCCCGCCUGCAACAGCGCGGGCAGGACAGCGGCGACGCCUGCGACUUCAACACGAACUGCAACGGCGGGAACUCCGGCGAAUCCGGAACCGGAGGGGAAUCCGGAACCGGAGGGGAAACUGGCGGGGAAUCCGGAAACGGAGGGGAAUCCGGAACCGGUGAAGAGACGGCGGGUUGUGACAACUGCCUGGCCUUCUCCUACACCAUCCUGAAGACCAACGUGGCGACCGGUGAAAUCAGCAUCUCCGGUGACUUCCCGCCACCGAGGGCCGAUCCCGACCACCCGGGACAGGUGGACGUCCGGUUUCCGUUCCCAGUCAACAAAGCUGUGUUUAAGAUCGGCAAGAGCACGAUCAUACCCUCCACCGAGACAACUGACGGCGUGUUCGUGCUGAGUGAAGAGGACCUGGCCCCGCUGGCAGGCAACACGAUAACCGUCACCGUCAGGUACGACAGCGGUGCCGGGCCGGACUGCUUCAGCCAGGCGGGGCGGGUGCGCAUCCAGCACGUCGGGUACAUCGCCCAGACCACGCUGGACGUCAACUUCGAGCAGGAGUGGAACGGGGGCGGGAUGGGGGGCAUCGCCCUCCCGGACAGCCGGAGGACCCUGUCCGAGGACUGGUGGGUGGAGGUCCAGUUCCCAUGUCCGGAACUCACCUUCCAGGUCUGGUACGGCAACGACCAAUCAUCGGCCGAGCAGAAGGCUCUGGGCCAGUACGUCAUCCGCCAGCCCGAGUGGGAGACGCACAACACCGACCACGUAGGCUUCACGGUGCAGAACAGCGCAUGCGAGCUGGAUGACGUCGUAGCGACCUUGGUAACUGCCCCUAAAUAAUGUGUUGAGAUGA